AUGAUUAGACGAGAGGAGGGAGAGAAAUUUAAAACGAUAAUCAAAAUAUUGGAAAUUCCGACACUGAGAUUUAGAAGAACAUCGAACAAGAAUACUGGGGAUUCCUAUAUUUGGAUGAAAAUUCGUGUAAAAGGUAAUUCAUCUAACAGGGAAUACUGCUUGGUAAAAGUGACACAAAUCGACGAAAGGUUCUUGGCAGCAUUCAAUCUCUAUUUAAAAACGCUAUUUCGUUUGAAAGAGUCAACUAAACUGAGAAUGGAAUUUAUUAAAUCCUCUGUGAGAACUCCAAUGUUUGGAAAUGUGAAUGAGGUUUCGUUGUCCGGGGAAUCAUUGACGAUGGAUGAUUUGGAUUCGUUUCUAACUCUCUAUUCAAAUUUGGACGUUUUGAAGAUUCAACAAUCAGUUAAUGGAGAAUUGAACGAAAGAUCAAGAAUACUAGCUGUCAAAAAUGUUUUGUUAUCAGAUCCCGGACCGUUUGGAAUGAAUCUUCUCACGAAAUUCACUGGUCAAAAUAUCUGUUUAUGUAAAGUGGAUUUGGUGGAAUCGGUGGAAUCGGAUCUCAACGAACUUAUCAGAAAAUGGAUGAACGGUGAAGGAUAUCAAAACUUAGUCUCGAUUUUUGUUGAAAUGAAUUUUCUUUCUGGAAGAUUCAUUCAAACCGAUCAAGUGUUCAACCAAUUGCCUGUCGAAUGGUUUGAUACAACGCAUCGACCAAAAUAUACCACGAGAGUUUUCGGCGGUACUCUAGAUAUCGGUUUCUAUGGUGACAACUGUUAUGAUGUCGUAAGAAAAAAUGAUGGGAAGAAAGCUUCAAUUCGUGCUGAUUUCUUUUAUUUCCGGAUGGUGGUUUGGAAUUGA